GUGUCGGCGGCGCGAUAAGUUCAAAGAGAAAGUGAGCUGUCACUUGUCAAUCAUGUCUCAUACCAACAUCACAACAUUGGCCGUAACUAGGCAGGUUUUUGAACAAUGGAAUCGAGCGUUGUUUCACUCCCUUCCUAUUUUAUAUAGAACCUAAAUACGAAGUUAGGUUCGGAGAGCGUUCGGGCUAGUCACGAACACUCAAGGAAAACAACGAUCGCGUGGGUUUUUAGACAAGAGAAAUAGAAAUAUAACGAGAAAGGAUUUCGCAAAAUCGGGAGGCAGGAGACAUUUCGCACAAAGGUGUGUGCAGGGGGAAGUAACGCUAUUCUAGUCCGCCAUGUUUAAGUGACAUGAAGAGAAAACGAACCAUAGCGCCGACAUAUUUUCCCCGGGAAGGAUCCCAAUAAAAACGAUUAAAAAAGCCAAGUAAAGGACAGAUGGACAGCGGUGUUUGGUGAUGGGAAAAGGGAGCAUUGGUCAAAGAAGCACAAUAUUGCGACAACGAAAUUUGAGACGGGUCUUCUUGACUGUUGUGCUACUGGGAGGUGCUCUCCUGCUCAUUUGUGUACUCCUGUUCACAUCAAGAUCACUCAGAGUCACAUUAAAACACUCUGAACCUCUUGAAGAUAGCAGCUUUCUAACGGAUUCUUUUCUUGAAAACAACCCUCACGGAGAAUAUCCCGAUAGAUUCCCAUGCUAUUACACACGACUUCGUAAAGCCCAGACACAAUCCGAUGAUGCCACGAACACUUCCGAUACACAGCCGACAAGAUGUCGGAAACACGUGCCUAGCCCAAGUGCGUGCGAGGAAGCCAACACCCAAUACGGCAAUCCCGACUACUUACCGCCCCUGCGACAAUGCAGCUACGAGGGAAUCCCGAAUAUCUGUAACGUGACCAGGACUAACAGGGCGGGAUUCGACCUGGCGUGUGACGUCACUUCCUGCAAAGGCUCCCAAGUGUACAUUGCUCGCGUCAAUCCUAAUAUGGGCACUGUGACAGCUUGGAAAGCGAUCAAGCCUUUUGAUGUAAUCAGAGUAAAGGAUAUCGCCGUGAAAGCGCAAGAUGAAGGCUUCUCGUUCCUGUAUUUGCAGUGUCGGGGUUUCUUGCAAGUUCUGGGUCUCCCUCCAAAGCUAUUAAUUGGAUCUUCCGUCCCAUACGAUAGGAGAUUAAAUAUUAAUAUAGUCGUGGUUGACUCUGUCGCAAGGACGCACUUUUUCCGGGCGAUGAAGAGAUCUGUGUCUGCCAUGCGGGAGAUUAUUUAUGACGACACCAUUCCGGCAACUGUACUGGACUUUGAGUCCUUCCAAGCAAUCAGCAUGCACACCUUUGAUAACAUCCGACCGCUGUUUUCAGGCGUCACAAAAGUCAAUAACCAUUUUAGUAGAAAGGCAAGCAAGACGCUCCACCCUUUGGGCAUUAACGUUUUGUACGGCCAUUACAAAAAGCACGGGUACCAGACGAUGUUCCAGGAAGACCUGUGCUGGCAAGACUCGUGGGGAAUCAUGCUGAACAACUUGCAGCAGCAUGGGGAUAGGCAGGAUAACGGGCAGAUACCACUGAUGGACGCAAAACGAUGGUCUGAUUUCCAACAUGUCGUCAAGAGUCAUCAAAUUGAUCACCUCGGCUUGACCCACUUCAGCUGUGAGGUUCUCAUGCAAUACAACCGCAGAAACCCGUACGACGGGCCUGGGCAUGUAUGCCUCAACGGUCUUUACUACAGCAUCUACUUUCUCCGCUACAUAGCCCUCAUGACACGCGAGAUCGCGCGAGACUUCCACGCGGCCCCUCUUAUCUCGUACCAACACCUCAACACGGGUCAUACAGACUGGGGAACAAGAGUUACUAACGAUGACGAGCCGUUAGCACAGUUUCUUAACGCAAUGGCGCACGACCCGAACACGCUCACGAUAGUGCUUUCGGAUCACGGGCACACGCGAACACCAUACGCAAGCACAGACGAAGGCCAAAACGAGCUAUACAGUCCAUUCCUUUUUAUGGUACUGCCUAAUCACGUAGCUUCUUUACUUGGGAAACAGAGAGUUGAGGCUUUAGUAAAGAACCAACAGCGGAUCUUCACAACGUUAGACUUGCAUAAAGCGCUGAUGUCCCUUCACAGUACGGAUAAGCCAUCAAGUGAUUAUAAACAAGCGGGGAUAUUUGCUAAGAUCCCUGCGGACAGGACGUGCUCUGAUCUACCGCUGUCGCCGCUGGCGCGCUGUCGCUGCGAAGGCUGGGACGAGAAGGCAGAGAAGAACUCGCCACGGAUCAAAUGGCUGGCGGAGUUCGCAGUAGGCGCGCUCAAUGACCUCAUACAAGAGCAGUACGUGAAAGGUCUGAACCCAAGUACUUGGAACCGCAGAUCCGUCCCGGGAAACUGUGUGCGCCUGUUGGGCAAAUCCUUCUCUAACAUCAGACAAAGGCGCGAUGCUCAGAAAAACUUACUCACUACUUUCGACCUACACGUGACUGCGCAUACGUCGGUACCGCUGACCAAAGACGAAGUAUUCAAGGUGGCCAUUUCUCACGGAGAGACAUGGGCGGUUCUUCAGUCCUACUCGAGACACACGUUAUACAACAAAUACAAGUACUGCGCGGAUCGUCAUGUUAAUCUAAAGCUUUGUAUUUGUAGAAAAAAACGGGUUCGUUCACCAGAAUAUAUGAAGGAAGUCAUUUCGUCCGGAAUGUUUGGAUCUGAAACAAGCGUGAAGGAUAUCUAUAAUGGGUGUGUGUUUUUGACAUCGCGCUCACACGAUGGCUUGACUGUGGUUUACGAGCUCGCAAACCUGUGCGCCCAGACUAAAAAUGUAAUUAUUUACGGAGAACCUUAUUACAUGCAAGUUUCCAAGCAAUUACCUUUCUCCAUUCGAGCUGAGCCAAACACCGUGUAUUUCGUAAUAUCUGGCGUACGUCGGAUGCUCGAGUUCAGCUACUUGGAUUUGGCGACUAUUGUUGAAAAUGACGAAUCUAUUGCGAAAGACGUCUUCACGAGGCCCUCACUUUACCAAAGAGGGGCUACUACAUAAAAUGAGACGGGAAUGAUCAUCCUAUCUUGUUAUACCUUAUUUUUUUUCUUUCACUUCAGGGGUAUCAUGCUUGUGAAUCAUCGCAUUUUAAUAAAAAUUGGACAUGAAAGUAGUCUGAAAAGAUUCACCGCAAUACAGGAAAACUGAAAA